CCUCCAGGAGAACACAUUGAAAAUUAUGGAAACAACUGAACCUUAUUUUCCCAAAGAAACAUGUAGCAGUAGAAACAAUGAAGGAACAACAUUAAAUACAAAUAUGAAACUUCAGACUGGAAGAAAACCUUAUGAGUGCGAAAUUUGUUUUAAACAGUUUACUACAAAAUAUAAAUUAAAAACACAUUUGAGAGUGCACUCCGGAGAAAGACCGUACACGUGCGAAAUUUGUUUUAAGCAGUUUAAUGAAGAAAGUAAUUUGAAAGCACAUAUGAGAGUUCACACUGGAGAAAAACCUCAUAAGUGCGAUAUUUGUUGUAAGCGGUUUAGUCAAGCAGGUACUUUGAAAUCACAUUUGAGAACGCACACGGGAGAAAAACCUUACAAGUGCAAAAUUUGUUUAAAGCAGUUUAGUGAAAACAGUACUUUAAAAGGACAUUUGAGAUCCCACAGUGGAGAAAAACCUUAUAAGUGUGAAAUUUGUUUUAAAGGGUUUUGUCAACUAGGACAUAUGAAACUACAUAUGAGAUUGCACACUGGAAAAAAUAUAUACAAGUGCGAAAUUUGUUUUAAGCAGUUUUCUCAAAAGAGUCAUUUAACUGAACACAUGAAAGUUCACACUGGAGAACAACUGUAUAAGUGUGAAAUUUGUUUUAAAAAGUUUACUGCAAGAAGUGAUCUGAAAAGACAUUUGAGAAUGCACACUGGAGAAAAGCCGUACAAGUGUGAAAUUUGUUUGAUGCAGUUUUCCCAGAACGGUCAUUUGAAAAGACAUUUGAGAAUGCACACUGAAGGUAAAGCUUACGAGUGUGAAAUUUGUUUGAUGCAGUUUUUCCAGAAGAGUCAUUUGAAAAGACAUUUGAAAAUGCACACUGGAGAGAAACUGUAUAAGUGUGAAAUUUGCUUAAAGGAGUUUAGUCAAACGUAUGGUUUGAAAUCACAUUUAAACCACGCACACUAGUGAAAUAGCUCAUUUGAAAAACAAAAUUCAUGAAAACUAUGGCACACUUGUAAAAGUGUUAUAUUCAGGAAAGUGUGUCAAGGUCUGCGCUCUUUAGAUCGAAUCGGUCGGCAACGGAACGGACGCUACAGCCCAGAAUAGUCUAAGAGCUGGGAGCGGAUUUUGUGCGUGAUAAGUA